AUGCUUCGAAAUUGGCAAAAGAAAUUCAAGAGCUUUGUUUCCGGACCAAAAGGAGUUCGUUGUACAACUGAAGUUUUCGAAGAGCUCGAUUGGCCGGCUCAUGUAUUGUGCUCGAUGGUCCUUCCUAAGUUUCUAGCCCUCAAAGAGCCGUGUUCUCGUGUUUUAAUGAUGGCAGUAGUUGAAUUCUGCAAGGCACACCAAAGGGCGGCUGAGUAUGCCCUUUUGUUUCCGUUGAUUUUACGUAAUGAGGGCUUAAAUAAUCCCAUAUGCGAUUUGAUCACUAGAAUUAUGAAAGAUUGCUUGCACCCGACCCAAGUUUCCACAUUUUGCCAGAAAGUUCUGUGCGAGGAUAGAAAUGCACAGAGGUUCGUGUGUUUGGCGUGCCACAGGUGUUUGGAUUCUGUUGAUGAGCUUGUCAGACGGGUUUGUGAGUUUAGCGAGAGGUAUUCCAAGUAUUUGCGAUUUGGAAAUUUUGUUUUGUGCCUGGUGAGCAAGUGCAGUGUACUCGUGAAACCGCACAAGUUUUUAUUGGCUGCUGCUGUUGAGAAAACCGAGUCCUUAGUGACAAAGUCGAUACUAUCGAAAUUGACUAGCUUGUGA